AGACGAGGACGAGCUGUGGUUGUGUUAGUAGCUUGUAGUUUUCGGUACUCUAGAAAUAAUCUUCUACUGUUUUUUUUUAGAUAUAUGUUUUUCUGAGGUCGAAAGCAUGUCGCAGCUUUCUGAAAUAAACAUGACAGACAUGCGCAGCGAUAGUAUGUGGUCCGCUGCCGACGUCUGGAUCAAGAAGCCACAUGUAGUAAAUAAGAGACUGUGUGGCGUAACAGAGACGGAGUACAUGGAUGUGGACACUGCGGAAUUAAUUCAGGUUUUAUUUUCUCUUCUGGGGCCUAAUAUUAAGAUUGCUGAUAUUUCUAUGUUUCUUCACGCUGAUAUUGUGGAUAAGGAGCAUGAAACUGCAGGACGCUGGUGUGUUGGAGUCAGAACUAUUAUUCCCAAAGUGAACAAGACAGGAGAGAGUCUAUACAAAGAGGUUAUCAUAAAAGAUAAUGUUGGGCAUGCAGUGACAUUUAUACCAUUUGAAGAGACUGGCGUGGAACAGGUUACUGUCAAGAGCAGUAACAUAUAUCAAAUACAGCUGCAGUUAAAGCCAGAGGAAUGGAUGUUUUCUCUUCACGCUCUGACACCUGAGCACUGGUGGAGUGAUGGAGUAGUUUACCCUAAACUCUCCUGGCUCUGUACUAAACUCUUGCCUAAACUAUCACGCUGGGCUCUGGAGAGCAAGACCAGUGAGUUUAAGAGUACCCUUUCGCUCAUACCUGUGGAGAAAUAUGGUAUCCUCUACCACCAGCUGAAAGAAAAAUACAAAGCAUUAGUAAAGGUCUGGCCUGAAGUUACUGAUCCAGAGAAGUUUGUCUUUGAAGAUGUUGCAAUUGCUACAUAUCUGUUGGUCUUAUGGGGUGAAGAGCGUACUGAAAAGGGAACAACAACCAAACAGUCCUUUGUGGAUCUUGGCUGUGGAAAUGGCCUCCUGGUUCACAUAUUAAACAACGAAGGGCAUCCUGGAAAGGGCAUGGACAUUCGCAAAAGAAAGAUUUGGGACAUGUAUGGGCCUGGUACUCAUCUAGAGGAAAAUGCCAUCACACCCAGCAAUGACUUCCUCUUCCCCACCACAGACUGGCUGAUUGGAAACCACUCCGAUGAGCUUACACCAUGGAUCCCUGUAAUAGCAGCCAGAUCAUCUUACUCAUGCCGCUACUUCGUGAUUCCCUGCUGCUUUUAUGACUUCUGUGGGAAGUACCAGCGCAGACAAUGUAAGAAGUCUCAGUAUAAGGAGUAUAUUGACUUCGUAACUGAUGUCAGCACAAUGUGUGGCUUCUACACAGAGGAGGACUGUCUGAGGAUCCCUUCCACCAAACGUGUAUGCAUAAUAGGCAAAGGAAGGAGAUACAGAAAGGCCGAAGAGGCUCUGGUUGAGAAACAGCGAAGUGAUUAUAUCAAGAGACGUGAGGCUUUAUUCACAGCCUCAGGGGUCAGUAUGAAUGUCAAUCAAAGUAGCCAUUAUAGACCUAAUGACAAUGGACAGAAUAUCUCAACCCCUGUGAACGACUGGGUGAAUGGUUUUCAACCAAGAGAAAAGACGGAGACCAUUAGGAACUGUGCAGCCCUUCCGAGGGCUUUUGUGGAUGCAGUGGUUCUAAGGGUAGCAAAGGCCUUGCUGAGUCUGACUGAGAGGAACACGGAAAGCAGCAGUUGUGGUGAUGCAUGGAACACAGGAGGCAGUAUGUUGAUUAGUGAAGUAGUCAACCUCCUGGACCAGUCUUCUCUGCAAGCACUAAAGAAAGAGUGUGGUGGUCUCCAGACUCUACUGAAAAACAACCACCAGGUGUUCAGAGUGGAGGGUGGAAGGGUCUUUAUUCGGGACUGGAGGAAAACUACACUGGCACAAAGCUCUAGAGUGACCUCCAAGCGCAAACCUCCUCCCUCAGGUGCCCUGAAGACCCGGUUUUGCUGGUUCCACACCCACCAUCCCCAAGGAUGCCCUCUGCUCUGUGACCACUGUGCCUUUGCUCAUGGAGAGACUGACUUGAAAAAUCCCCAAAGAUGAUUCGGACCUGAACAGUAGAUUGUUUUUGCUCUAUUAAUAUC